AUGGCCUAGAACAUUAUAGUGGGAGCUAUCAAAAUAAAGGAUGGUUUAUUCAUAGGAGAUGAGUACGCAUCACAAGAUCGAGAAUUCAUUGUUAAUAACAAAGUAACUCAUAUCAUCAAUUGUUCUGGUACGGAAGUGCAAAACAAGUGGAACAUGAUGAAUAUCAAAUACCUGACAUUCAAUUGGCUCGAAUAAGACAAUGAAGUAAAACAUUCCCAUAAAAAGGUCUUAUUUGAUGACAAAAAUGAAAAUGUAAAUAAAAUUUAUGCAUUCAUCGAAGAGUGCUUCCAACAAGGCGAAAGUUGUCUGGUUCAUUCACUCAGAGGCUAAAGUAGAGCAUGUUGCGUAUUGGCUGCCUACUUUAUGAAAAAGUAUUCAUGGACACUCUACAAAACACUUGAAUAUCUCAAUUCUCGGAGACCAGAUCUAGAAAUUAGGGCAUCCUUCUUUUAUUAACUAAAUGCUUUAGAAUCCAAAAUGAAUAAGUCAGGACCUAAGAGAACUGCUUCUUGGAAUGAAUUAACUUAGGAUGAACAGAAUCCGCAAUAGCUCUAAGAAGAAUUGAUUAUAAGAAACACAUUUCUCAAUUCAUAAAAUGGACCUGUAGAUGACAUCUACACCAAUUUACAAUCUAAAUUAUAAGUAUUAGCUAAAGCUUGUAAUCAGAAACUAAGAUGGAAAGAUUAAUUGAACAAAGACAACUUUUAAUUAGCCACCUUAGUCUAUUCUGGAUCUCCAGAUUUUGUACCUACUACUGAGAUUAAACUGAAAGAAGAUUCUGAUCAUCAAUCUAUUUUAAGAGGAGUAUAAAAAACUUCAUUAAAUUAACUUGCAAAAUAACAGAAUCUCUAAAAACCCUCUAAUUAAAAUAAGCUCCAUGUGAAAUAACUUUAACAAGAGGAUUGUGAGUCGUUUAAAUAAAAUGCUUAAAUGAGUAAUAAUUAGUCUUUUUAAAAUUUAUUAAUGCAUUGUGCAUAGAGAUAAAAGCAAAACUUAUAAUAGGAAAAAAAGACUUCACCAAUAUCUUAAGAGUAAUAAAUUAAUAGUCCUUAAUUCCUUAAUUAACAGAAUGGUGUAAGAAGCACAUCUUUGUAAUAAAAUGAAGAAAAAAAGAAUUAAAUUGAUGUCACCAAUAAUAGACCAAGUUCUGUCAAAUAAAAAGAUACUUCUCCAUCCAUCUUAACUAAUUUCUAAGAGUUCAAAAAUUAAGUUUAAUAAUCAUUACAUUAUUUUAAUAAACAAUCUGAAGCUAUUUUAAAUAUGGAUAAACAUUUGAUGAACACCUAAUAAUAAUCAUAAUAACCUAUUUAAAAUCUUAAUCAAUAAAAUGACUCCAAAUUGUAAAUUCCUCAAGGAAAUUAAUCAGUGUUAGCAUCAUAACAAAAAUCUAAAUUAGAUCAAUUAAUUAGUCCAACAUUGAUUUCUACUAUGAGUUCAGCUAAACAUUUUGAAAUUUAAAAAACAUUAACAUAAUCAAUAUCAUAAUUAUAAUCGAGUUACUAAAAAUUUCAAUAACUAUAAAUGAAAAAUUAAAUGAUGAAGCAAUCACAAUCCACCUCACAAAUUUAAUAAUAAAAUAACAACAAAAAUUAACCAGACCUAAGUUCUACGAACAUAACAAAUAUAUCCAAAAUUUAUGACAGAAGCACUCAUGUUAAAAAAGGGGAAGAAUUGGAUAGUAAAAAUAGACAAAAUAGUGCCGAGAUCAAGGAUCAAUUAAAAAACAACAGUACUUAAAAGAAAGACAGUUUAUCUCCAUUUCAAAAAGAUCCAAUUAAGAAAAUGCAUUAAUAUGGACCUCCUUUGCCUUAAUCAAACUCCUAAAUUUACCUUAGAAAUGUGCAAUGUCGAAGAUAAGCUGCGUCCACAUUAAGGAAUCAGUAAAAGCCAAAUAAUUCUUUUUAAGACAAAUAUCUAAAUCAAAGUGCCAAUCAAGUGUAGAAUAAUAGUAGUUUUAAUAACAACAAUAGUAAUUCAAAUAUAGAAGCUGAUUCAAAAAUGCAGUAAAAGGCAAUGCAUGGAUUGGUUUCUGAUGUAAACCAUCUCAAAAAAUUGAUAUCACCAUAAUGUCUGACAAAAAGUUAAGCCUAAUUUUUAAAAAAUCAACCAAUAAAGGUUUUAUAGGAAUUGACAGAUAAAACUUAGAGCAUUAAACAUAUCAAAGGGAAAGAUAGUAUUUAAACUGCAGGCAUCACUUUAAUGCAAAAGGUGUAAACAGGAAAUGCAAAAACAUUGUCACCAGCAAUUAAAAAUGAUGAAAAAUUCAAAAAUAGUCAUGUUGGCAAUCCCUAGCACCUGAGACAGAAGAUUAGAAAUUCAUCACCUGGUUUAAGCAAAGAGCAAGAGAGUUCAAGUUCCUUUUCUUAUCAAAACACAAAUACUACUUUGCCAGGUAAGAAUAGUUGGAAAAUGCUGUGA